CUUUCCAUAAGAGUCUAGUCGAAAAUCUCUAUAUCUUGCCCUCACUGAACUUUUUCUUCUUUCACAACAGCUACUGCCCAAGGGAGUCGCCGCUUGGGGAUUUGCGGCUUAUUGAACUGGACAUCCAUUCUAUUCUUGUAUUAGGCUGCUGCUCUGCUCUGGAGUUUGGAUAACUGAAAGUAAUUGGUUUUGAAGGAAGAGAGAAUGAGUGAACUUCUUUUUGAUGAUAUUUUCAUGGUUGAGACUCUAGAUCCAGAUGGCAAAAAGUAUGACAAGGUUUCUCGGAUUGUGGCACGGAGUGAGAAGCGUGACAUGUACAUGCUUCUAGAUGUAAAUACAGAGAUUUAUCCUAUGAAGGAAAAAGAAAGAUUCUUGAUGGCUUUGUCUCCUUCACUUGUUUUGAAUACUAAGGAGGGCAAGGUGUCAAUUCAAGACAAGUUUGAAUACAUCAUGCAUGGAAGGCUGUAUAACAUUGAGGGAUGUUCAAAACCUGAGUUUGAAGUGGAGGUAUAUGCAUCAUUUGGAGGGCUUCAGUUGAUGCUGAGAGGACAUGCUUCUCAUUGUGUUAAGUUUGCAGUCGAUCAGAACUUGUUCUUACUAAUAAGGAAGAUUGGAAGUUGAAACUGAUGGUGGUGUGGCCUGAAAAAGAAAGGCACCCUAACAUUAUGUUUUUACUGUAUUAUUUUUUAUAUUGGAUAAGUAAUUUGCAUGAA